AUGGUGUCGAUGAUUGCAUGUUUGGUCAUUCGGGUGACAUUAGAGAGACGCUCCACGCAUGAGCUAUUCACAAAUCACGACAUCGCCAGUCGCUCACUGCCAGGUUGCGCACGUCAACACGGCUGUACCAUGAUCCCCAGCAAGAUUGCGCCAGUAGCAGAUCUCACAAAGGGACUCGAGGCUCUCUUGAGGAAAGGACUGGGCAAUCAUGCACUACUGGCCAUGCGUCUGACUGGUUGUUGGUUAUCGGUGUUGCAGCACUUUUCUCUCCUCUCCAAUCCCGAGUUUUGCAGCAGCCACCCGCGAUCCUGCAUUUUCCAAUCCAAAACCAACAACGACUCGGCAUUUCUAUUCAUCUACGCUAAAUACGUUGGCAAUAUGACUGGACGCGGCAAAGGUGGCAAGGGUCUCGGCAAGGGUGGUGCCAAGCGUCACCGCAAGAUUCUUCGUGACAACAUCCAGGGCAUCACCAAGCCCGCUAUCCGCCGUCUCGCCCGUCGUGGCGGUGUCAAGCGUAUCUCGGCCAUGAUCUACGAAGAGACCCGUGGUGUGCUCAAGACCUUCCUUGAGAGCGUCAUUCGUGACGCCGUCACCUACACCGAGCACGCCAAGCGCAAGACCGUCACAUCGCUCGAUGUCGUCUACGCUCUUAAGCGCCAGGGCCGUACUCUCUACGGUUUCGGUGGUUAG